GUUGAAUUGCGUUAAUCUGAGCUCUCAGAGCAGCAGGAACCAAGUCGUUCUAAUAAAUGUGUAAUUCAAAUAAAUUCCAAUCUCGCCAACGGACAUUUGCAUCCUGAUUAUUCAUGUCAACCUUCGAAUGGGAAAAACAAAUGCUUAUAGCCAAAACAAACAGGUAGCAAACAAGAUAAUGGACAGGUAAUGUCUCAGCCCGCAGAUGGCAGAGCAGUUUUCCCGAGGGAUCUGGGCAAGUCUGGCCUACAGUUUACCUGGCUACUGGAGUCGCUUGGCCAUCGUUAGUUGUGUUUCGUGCUUCCUACUUGCAAGAGCUCAGCAAAAAUGCUGGCUUUUUUGAUUUACACUAUCUUGGCGAUUUUACUGAGUGUCGUGGCCACGUCCUACAUAUGCAUUCUAUAUGAAGUCAAACGCCGCGUAAUUCAGCUCGUUAAAACAAAGAAGUCAACUGAAGUCCAUCACAUAGCUUAUCAAAAGUUUAAUCAGGCUCCUGGGCCGCGACCAUGGCCCAUUAUUGGGAAUCUUCAUCUGCUGGAUCGAUAUAGAGACAGUCCCUUUGCGGGAUUUACGGCGUUGUCAAGACAGUACGGAGACAUUUACUCCUUGACUUUUGGACACACCCGCUGUUUGGUGGUGAACAACUUGGAGCUGAUCCGCGAGGUGCUCAACCAAAAUGGCAAGGUGAUGAGCGGGCGGCCGGACUUCAUACGAUAUCAUAAACUAUUUGGAGGCGAGCGGAGCAAUUCGCUGGCACUCUGCGAUUGGUCACAGCUGCAGCAGAAGAGAAGGAAUCUCGCCCGACGCCACUGCUCGCCCAGGGAGUCCUCCUCCUUCUACAUGAAAAUGUCCCAAAUUGGCUGCGAGGAAAUGGAACACUGGAAUCGGGAGCUGAGCAACCACCUGGUCCCUGGAGAACCGAUCAAAAUAAAGCCUCUGAUUCUCAAGGCCUGCGGAAAUAUGUUUAGUCAGUACAUGUGCUCUAUGAGGUUUGACUACGAUGAUCUGGAUUUCCAACUGAUUGUUCAAUACUUCGAUGAGAUAUUCUGGGAGAUCAAUCAGGGACAUCCGCUAGAUUUUCUACCCUGGCUAUGUCCCUUCUACCAGCGACACCUGAACAAGAUCAUCAACUGGUCCUCGACCAUCAGGCAAUUCAUAAUGAACAGGAUUAUCCGACAUCGGGAGCUGAACAUCGAUUUGGAUGAGCCAGAUCGGGAUUUUACAGAUGCCCUACUUAAAAGCCUGAUUGAAGAUAAGGAUGUCUCCCGGAACACGAUCAUCUUUAUGCUGGAGGACUUCAUUGGCGGACACUCAGCGGUUGGAAAUCUCGUGAUGCUAGUGCUGGCCUAUAUAGCCAAGAAUCCGGAUAUUGGAAGAAGAAUCCAAGGGGAAAUAGACACAAUUACAGCAGAGGAAAAGAGGCCAAUUAAUUUACUGGAUAUGAAUGCAAUGCCGUACACGAUGGCGACGAUUUUUGAGGUGCUGCGAUAUUCAUCCUCUCCAAUUGUUCCCCAUGUGGCCACCGAGGACACAGUGAUCUCUGGCUACGGGGUGACCAAGGGCACCAUUGUGUUCAUCAACAAUUAUGUGCUGAACUCCAGCGAGAACAACUGGGUAAAUCCUACAGAAUUUAAUCCAUUCAGAUUUUUGGAAACAUCAAAGGGACCAAACACGAACAAUUUUAAAGGUUCUGAUUCCGGCAUCGAAAGUGAUAAUGAAAAACUUCAACUAAAGAGGAAUAUUCCCCAUUUUCUGCCCUUUAGCAUCGGGAAGCGGACUUGCAUCGGCCAGAAUUUGGUGAGGGGCUUCGGUUUCCUGGUCCUGGUCAACGUAAUGCAGAGAUAUGAUAUCAGCAGUCAUGAUCUUUCGACGAUUAAGAUCAGUCCGGAGAGUUUGGCACUGCCUGCCGAUUGCUUUCCAUUGGUCUUGACACCCAGAAAAUAAUAAAUUGCCAAUAGAUUUGAUUAUUGGACAAAUCUCUCUAAGCGCUAGCAACUAAAGUAUAUAACAGAAAUAGCUCAAUAUAUAAAAUCGAUCCAAAAUAAGAUUACUGCAAUAUCUUCUAUCGAACAUAAGAAAUAAGCUGAAUCAAAUAGUAAAACUAUUUUACUGUUGAGUAUAUUUUCUAUUAUUCCACUAACGCAAAUACAAAACUUGUAUUUCAUGUUUAUAUUUUGUACGAUACCAUACACGCAAAGUCUUACAGCUGCUCACCAUACUAUAAAAAUUUCACAUACAUUCGAUUCUUGCGGAUCUUAAUGUUAGAUUAAUUCGUUAAGAACUUCGUUAUAAUAAAUGACUCAAAUAUGUUUACUGUGUACGCCGAUUGUUAAUUCAAGUAUAAUUCUUAAGCGAACUAUUUACAUUUUUUAUUUUCUUUUAGAAAUCAAUAAACGUGGUCCGAGUUGGAUCAUUUAUAAAUGACAUAGAAACUUAAAGCUGAAUAAACCUAAAU